AUGUUUUUCAGGGAGCAGACAUGGCAAGCAGAGAAGAAAGAAGCGUUGAAUGCAGUGUGUGAGAAAAUCACCAGAUUGCAACGUGAAAACGAGAAAUCAGAGCACAGCGUUUUGCAGGAUAUGAAGAGAAAAAUUAACAAUCUGAAGGACUAUCACAGCAGUCUCAUGGAAAUGCUGAGCGACAUGUUAGCUGAGCACUUCCCACUUCCUGAUCCCCAAGGAAACGGCACAAAGAAAAAAAGAGCUGCUGCAUAUGAUGCAGAGAUUAACCUGAUUUCACUGAGUGAGAUUAUCGAGAGAUUGACCAAUAAAACUUUAGAAACUCCUCAUGACCCUUAUGUGAGUACUGAUGACACUUUCUGGCCACCAUACACAGAAAUGCUUCUUCGCAACGGUAUUGCAACACGACAUCCAGAAGAUUGCAGUAAAAUCCGUCUGGAAAAUUUUUUUUGAAUCUAAAGAGCACUUACCUGAAUCUAAUAUGAAAAUUAGAUUUUGUAUGUCUACAGUUAAAUGUCAAUGUCUAUUUUUUUUCUUUCAAAUUUGCUACAUGUUUAUAUGAAACUUGGCCAUUGUGGUAUUUCAUCGCAAAUAGAUGUAUUUUUGAGUUGUGAGUCAAGUCCACAACUUAGAAUGCAUGUCUAUCUUCUAAAGUGUUGGUGGCUAUUUUUACUUUAUACAUGUCAAAAACUGAUUUUUU